AAAUAAAAAUAUAAGCAUGCCCGCCGAUCAAAUUCAAUAUUCGGAGAAGUACUUUGAUGACAAAUUCGAGUAUAGGCACGUAAUUCUACCAGCUGAUCUGGCCAAACAUGUACCCAAGUCCCACCUAAUGACAGAGACGGAAUGGCGCAAUCUGGGCGUACAGCAGAGUCCAGGUUGGGUGCACUAUAUGAUGCAUGCCCCGGAACCACAUGUCAUCCUAUUUCGACGGAAGCGCGUGGACGAGGAUAAGGAGACAUCGAUAUUGCCAGCAACAACAACCAGCAGCGCCAAUAAUGUGAAUGUGUGUGCAUAGUGAGACCAAGUUGAUUGGCCAGAGGCUAAAAAAUAAUAUUGUUAAGAUUAUACAGUAUUUGAUAAGAUCGAGAGUUAACCAUCAUUCACAUUGAUGUAAAAUAAGAUUUCAUUUGAUAUAUUGUUACAAUUUAAAAGCAUUUACAAGAAGAUUUGUACAUUAGAUUUAUUCACUUAAAAUAUAAAACGUACGCCAAAGUGUACAAAUUAAAAGUAGUUCGAGUAUAAUCCGA